CCCAUACGUUGUUGUCAUCGAGCAUCAUCACAGCCCGCUGUAAGCUACAAGUGGAUUACAAUUAACACAUUUUUAUUCUCCACACAACACUCAAUAAACGAGCAGGACCGACUGCGUGGUCCUCGGUAACGGUGUUAAUGUUAUAAGCAUGAAUAGACCCCCGAAGCUGUUUCAUUGACGCUGAGAUAACAGCAGAGUGCUGUUUUCCUCCCGGUGGUGAACUGGUUGCACAUCUGACAGUGGAUACUUUACAAGGCCUCAAGCCAUGCCUCGGUCCACAGUGGUGCUGUGAAUCCGCCAAAACGUCACUUCGAGCCGGGGAGGCGAAAGUGAAGUAGUCGCUAAAGCGGGGCUACUCCAGAGGUUACCUCUUGUGUUAAGGGCUGAUCUACAGACAUGCACCCACCAUCUCGACAGGACUAUGUUUCUAUAAGCUUUGCUGAAAAAGGAAGUGGAGGUUACAAUAACAGUAAGAACUGGAGGAGGCAGUCCUGCUGGAGGAAAUGGAAGCAGCUGUCCAGGCUGCAGCGGAGCCUCAUCCUCUUCCUCCUCGUCCUUCUGUUUAUUUGUGGAAUUGCUUCCUAUCCUUCUUUUAAUGAACACCUCAGAAGCCUUACAGAUGGAGAGCAGUACACAGACAGUAACAGCGUCCUGAGGCCCGUCAUCCCUCAUGUGCUGCCUGAACCUGUUGAACAGCCACGACCACCACUGCCAGAACAAACCUCACAGAAGAAAUUACCGGCACCCAAUAAGAGAGGUCCGCCUGUUCUUCACAAUCGUCUCCAGAGGAAAGACAACUCUUCAGACACAGGGCUCAGGGAGAAGGCACCUGAGAUCAAGAAAGAUGAGGGAGUCAUCAGCUGGCAUGGGGCCGUGAUCGAGACUGAGCAGGGCACAGAAGGAGCUAAAGAUGAAGGAAAUAAGGAGGCGUCACCAGCCAACAAGAAGGCAGAACCAACAAAUGAGACUGAUGCCAGCAGGCUGGAGGGGGUGCGGGAGGCUUUCAGACAUGCAUGGAAGGGUUAUAAAGACUUUGCUUGGGGCCAUGAUGAGCUCAGGCCUCUCUCCAAGUCCUACAGCGAGUGGUUCGGCCUGGGUCUGACGCUUAUUGACUCUUUGGAUACCAUGUGGAUCAUGGGGCUUAAAGAAGAAUUUGAAGAAGCAAAGACUUGGGUGGCUACAGAGCUCACAUUCAACAAGAACGUAGAUGUAAACCUGUUUGAAAGCACCAUCCGCAUCCUGGGAGGCCUGCUGAGCACCUACCAUCUGACUGGCGACACUGUGUUCCUGGAAAAAGCUAAAGACAUCGGCUCCAGACUGAUGCCGGCCUUCAACACCCCGUCCAAGAUCCCUUACUCUGAUGUGAACAUUGGGAAAGGCACAGCCCACCCGCCUCGCUGGACCUCAGACAGCACUGUGGCCGAGGUCACGAGCAUCCAGCUGGAGUUCAGAGAGCUCAGCCGCCUCACACAGGAACCACAGUACCAGGCUGCGGUGGCCGAAGUCACCAACCAGGUCCACAAACUGGAUGGAAAGCUGGAUGGUCUGGUUCCCAUGUUCAUCAACACAAACAGCGGGCAGUUCACCCAUCAAGGCAUCUACACACUGGGAGCGCGAGCAGACAGCUACUAUGAAUACCUGCUGAAACAGUGGAUCCAGGGAGGCAAGCAGGAGAACCAGUUCUUGGAGGACUAUCUGCAGGCAAUCGAAGGUGUGAAGAAGAACCUGUUGCAGAAGUCUUCACCCAAUGGUCUCACCUUUGUUGGAGAGCUCUCACAUGGACAGUUCAGCCCUAAAAUGGACCACCUGGUGUGCUUCCUGCCGGGCACUCUGGCCCUCGGAGCUCAUCACGGCCUGCCCGCUGAUCACAUGGAUCUGGCCAAACAGCUGAUGGAGGCUUGCAACCAGAUGUACGUCCAGAUGGAGACGGGCCUCAGUCCAGAGAUCGUCCACUUCAACAUGCAUGAAGGGAGCAACAGAGAUAUCGACGUAAAGCUUGCGGACAGACACAACCUCUUGCGACCAGAGACGGUGGAGAGUCUCUUCUACCUGUACAGGUUCACCGGGGACCACAAGUACCGAGACUGGGGCUGGGAGAUCCUCCAAAACUUUAACAAGUACACCAAGGUUUCUUCUGGCGGCUACACCUCAAUCAAUAACGUGCGAGACCCGGACUACACGAGUCCUCGAGACAAGAUGGAGAGCUUCUUCCUGGGAGAGACGCUGAAAUACCUGUACCUGCUUCUCUCUGACGACCCAGACCUCAUCAGCCUGGACCAAUAUGUCUUUAACACAGAAGCUCAUCCCCUGCCUAUAUGGCCUUCCACUGCGUGACACACACACACACACACACACACACACACACACACACGUGUAUACACACACACAUACACAACCGCACAUAAACACAUCACAGACAUCUCAGGGACGGUCUGAUAACAAGAUGAUUCCUACGUCUUCUGUCUCAGUGACCAGAUGUUGUCUAAACAUGACAGACCACAGCAGGAGAAAGCCUCCUUUUUACUGAUGAAUUACAUGUUUUCUAUGUGCUAACAGCCAUAAAACAUAGACCCCCCCCUUGAGCCACUAAAGCCUAGUUCAGUCAGUGGCUGAGUGUUUGUCUCACAGACCGCUUGUAGACCCUGUAGUGUCAAAGUUUGUUUUUGGUCGUCAUGACAGCUAAUCAGCAUUCAACAAAAACCUGAUUGUGACUUGAGUCGAAGAUGUCUUAACCACGUGAUGAUGGGGAGGAGGAGGUGGAGGAGUGUCGAGUUGGACCCAUACAUUUUAGUUUAAAGCUUCUCGUAUAGCUCUGUUUCAGUUCAGUUACCGUUGUGUUUCUUACAGAAGGGACCAUGAAACCCCCCUCCCCCUCAAAAACACCUUCCAACUCCUGUUCGCUCUCUUUAACUCCUGCCUCUUAUUCUUGUUAUUACAGUGGAAAUGGUUCCUGAAGCAGCAGAAUGAAGCAAAGUCUGUAUCUAGUUUUGAAGGGGGGGGGGGUUCACUUAGUGACGCUGUUCAGGGAGUGAAAAUCUAUUCAGAGUUUAAAGAAAUAUAGAAUAACUGCUUUUGAGUGUUAAACACUUUUUCUACAGUUUUGUCAUGAAAAGAAAAUCAUUUAUUGUGCUAGAGCGCAACACAAAUGGAGCUGUAGUCCAAACAGCCAAUGGGAAGGAGCGUAAGUGCAGUGUCAUAGUAGCAUCAAAGACAGAGAGUCUGUGCCAGCUUCAUUAUCGCUCGACGCUCCAUGUAGACUGAGAGCAAAUCCUUCAAAACCAACCGGCUGGGCUAGUAACUCUGAGAGCUGCCUUGUUGUGUUUUUCUGACUUAAUGCUAGGGUCGUCACGAUACCAGAAUUUUAAAGUUUGAUAUGAAACUUCAAAUCAAGCAAUAUUGUUUUACCACGGCAACAAUAAUCAAAGUCCUCGGAACCCCAAUAUCAUCUCUUGUUAUCAGUGAUCAAAGAUUGCAGGCAAGCCCCUGCACUCUGUACUGAAAUGUUGCCAAAGUUUUUCUGCAACUUAGACAGUUGAUUCAUUACAACGUUUUUGUACUUUUCGUUACCUUGAUCAUUGAAUGACAGAGAUUGUAUCGUUUUAAAAUGCGUGGUAUCCAGAAUGAAUCGAUGUAUUGAAAACUUUUAGAUCCUUCCCCAGAGCUGAAGUGGAUUGAGCGAUUUAUUAAUCAAACAGAAAAGUCGUGCAGGCAGGGAGAGAACAAGUUUGAUAUAGCUGAGGCUUGGAAGCUGUUCGUCAGGACUAUGCUGUUUUUGAAAACGUUCCUUCUUAGUUUGGCUUCCUGGUAAAAUGUGAACAUUUCCAUCUCUGCCUGCGUGCUGCUGGUCUGAGCCCUGCACUGGGAGGGGCAGCAGGUGUGCUGCUGGUCUGAGCCCUGCACUGGGAGGGGCAGCAGGUGUGCUGCUGGUCUGAGCCCUGCACUGGGAGGGGCAGCAGGUGUGCUGCUGGUCUGAGCCCUGCACUGGGAGGGGCAGCAGGUGUGCUGCUGGUCUGAGCCCUGCACUGCGAGGGGCAGCAGGUCGGUAACCUUUGUAGCGAAAAGUUCAGCAGCUAGCAGCUGUCUGAGCUAACAUCUCCUGUGUGCUGCAGCGACACCCUGCUCUGCUCCUGCAGGGGGCGUCACACUGUGUGUAACACAGUCUUUAGGCUGCUGUAUUUUACAAUCGUUCUCAGAUAGCGUCUGUAUUCUGCUUAUAAACGGGGGAAGCUUCCUGACAGGGUGUGAGCAGGCCUUCAGUUUGAAUGCUUCGGCUGUUCCUUCAUGCUACGGUCAUGUCUUACCGGACAUGUGACUACUGCAGUCACAUCAACCUUCAGUUCAUUGAGAAAACAGAGAUGGGGUCAUUGUUCUCACUGCAGCCUGACGAAAGGCUGACACUAACCAGGCUCAAAGUCUGAUGGAGGGGGAUACGAGGCACCUUUCUUCCCCUCUAUGUGCUGAUAGCUGGGUGCAUAUUUGUAACAGUGAAUGCAUCACAUUUCUAAAAUAAUUGAAUGUUGCUUUAAAUGAUGGAGAUGUAAGCUGUGGGGAUUGAAAUAUCUGAAAAACUCUUAAAGACUUGCAAAGCCUUUCCCAAUUCCCAUUUGACCUGAACGCAGCAUCCGUGAGUACUUGGGGCUCAGAUGACGUCACUGUUGUUGCCAGGCAGCAGAUUUUCCUCUAAACUGUGAAGCUCUGUAGUGUUUCUGUGGAGCGUCGUCGCUCUUUUCUCUGAACGUUCAGCUUCGUUCUUCUUUUUGUGGUUCUCUUCAGUAAGAUGUAGCAUACAUUUGUGUUUCUUCUAAGUGAGAGAAAUGAAUUAGAGUAUUGAUUUAGUGUAAUAUAUUGAUUUGUAGUGUAUAUUUUCAAAGGUAUAAUUGCAGCUAUCGUAAACUCUCCUCGUGCAUUUGGCGUAGUUUCCUGUAGUAGCAGCAGCUUCGGAGCGGCUGCAGUCAUUCCUGUAAAUAAUGGUUUACUUCAAGUCGUUUGAUUGGUUGAACUUUAUGAAUUUAUAAUGAGACCAAACCUGUAAAUAUUUAAUUCCUUUGUGUUGUCUCACUCGUGCCUUUAAUGUUGCUUCAGACAACUUUCAAAAGACAACCGUAAACUGUCACCUCUCCUUCCACUCGAGCUGUUUUUACAUGUGCACACAUCGACACAGUACAAAGGCCAUCAGGAUCACUGCGGAAGAGUAUUUUUCCAGUUGAAUGAUGAAAAAAAUUAUCGAUGUAUUUAUAGCUGUCCUUCAAAGCAAGCCUUAGCUUUACGUAACACCAAUCUCUACCAGUGUGUAUUUAAAAUCCUGCGUACAAGGGCUCUGUGUGAUCCCUCCAUGGAUGUAUUUGAGCAUCUCCCCGAGCCAAAGACACACUGAGAAUCAAAUAUCAUUUGGGAUUUAAUCAAUUAAAAAGCCAUUUUUCCAAAGCCACUCUUUUCAGGAAAAACUGAAUUAAAAGGAAAUAUUUAAGUGAUUUUGAUAACAA